AGGCCGAGGAGGCCGAGCUUCGCCGGAAGUUCUCGAAGUUUUGCACCAGGGCGCCCAGCUGCGAUGGCCCCGAUGAAGACGACGGCUUCCUCACGCUGGACAACUUCUGCUCGAUGCUGCAGUACUACGAGUGCGCUGGCGCGCAGCACUACGAGUCGUACUUCCACGCCAUCGACCGGAACCACGACGACAAGCUCGACUUCGGGGAGUUCUUCCUGGGCUGCUGCGCGGCGGAUCCUUCCACCGUGCACAUCCUGAACUCGUUCACCGGCUACGAGCGCUCGCUGUACAUAUUCGACUUCUACGACUCCGACCGCAGCGCAUCGUUGGACUUCAACGAGUUCGCCAGGCUGACCGCCGAGUGCCUGGGGACCCACCCGGGCGAGGACCACGCGAUCCGGGCCCAGGCGCUCGAGAAGGCGCGCGAGCUGGGGGCGCUGGAGGACGGCGCGCAGGCCGCGUCGCACUUCGUGCCCAUCAGGUUCAGCCAGUUCUACGAGUUCGUCCAGAACGAGCGCCUGCGCGGGACCUCGAGGCUUUUCCGUUUUUACAAGUCCAUCAUCAAGUCCCGGGCCUCGCACCACGGGCGCAGGGCGCACGCCUCCAGCAUGUCCGGCGCCUCGCCGCUCGGGGACGACGGCCACGGCGACGGCGCAGCGUCGGAGGAGGAGGGCCUCGAGUGGCACGCGCACCUGCUGGACAUGGACUCCUUCUUCGGCCCCCAGGGCGCGGAGCGGCCCGCGCCCGCCGCGGCGCGCCCGGCGGCGCCGCCGUACUCGGCGCUGUUGCCGCCGCCCCCCGCGCCGCUGGCGCGGCCCGACCCGGAGCCCCCGCCCAUCGCGGACGCCCGGGCGCUCGCGCGGAGGGUGCUGCGCACCCUGGGCGCCCCCGGCUACGACGACCUCGUCCCUCGGGACUGCGAGGCGCCGUUCACGCUGGUGUCGCCGGCGCAGCUCCGGUCGCUGUGUGGCGCAGUGGCCAGGAGCCUGGAGCUGGACGACGUCGUCCUGUCGAACAUACAGCCGCCGGUCAAGGUCUUCGGCGCGCUCCACGGCCAGCUGCUGGACCUGCUCUCCCACUUCAAGUGGCAGCAGGCCCCCCUGGAGGAGGGCGGCGACAUCCUCUACACGAGCUACGUCUUCCUGGGCGACUACGCGGACCGGGGCUUCCACAGCCUGGAGGUGCUGACGCUGCUCUUCAGCCUGAAGGUGGUGCACCCCAGCCGGGUGUUUCUGCUCCGCGGCCACCACGAGAGCAGGCACCUGAACUACCACCUAGGCCUCAGGGCGGAGUGCGAGCGGCGCUGCGGCGCCGCCGAGGGCCCCAAGGUCUUCGAGCAGCUCAACCGGGCCUUCGAGUACCUCUCGCUGGCGGCCGUCGUCGGGGGGCAGCUGCUGGCCCUGGGCCCGAGCGCACUGCCGCCCUCGCUGACGCGGCUGGACCAGCUGCGCCGCUACCGGAAGCCGCUGGCCCUGCCGCACCCGCUGCAGCCGCGCGCCGUCGGCCCGACGGACCGCGCCGCGGAGCAGGUGCUGGUGGAGCUCUUCGCCCCCGGGCCCCUGCUGCCCCGCGGGGCGCUCGGGCCCGCCCGCGAGGCGGCGCCCGAGCAGGUCAGGGCCUUCUGCGCGCAGCACGGGCUGGCCGCCGUGGUGCGGAGCCGGCAGGCCCCUGCUGCUGCUGCUGCUGCUGCUGCUGCUGCUGCUGCUGCUGUUGUUGGUGCUGCUGCUGCUGUUGGUGCUGCCGCCCUAUCUCGAUCUUUCGCCUCUUUCCUCCCUCCCUCCUUCCCU